AUUCCACAAUCCAAUGUCCCACAAACUACGAGCGCGAAUUCAUACCGGAUUCUUUGUCACGAGUGGGCUAUAUUUGAAGCCCAUUGCCCCUGAAAGGGAAUUGAGAGCUGAAUAUGCCAGUAAUGACUACAAGCAUCAAUGACACGGUUCUUAAAGAUGUCGUUGCCUUUGUGGAUGUGUGGUCAUCUGACAAGAGAGCCAACUGUUCGAAACCUUUUAUUCAGCAGCUGCAGGAAAUGGGAGCUCAGGUAUCAAAAACAUUCAAUAAACAAGUCACGCAUGUGGUCUUUAACAAUGGUCACGCUGCCACAUGGAAGAAAGCCAAAAAGAGUCAUGUGAAGCUCGUCUCUGUUUUGUGGAUAGGAAGAUGUCACGACGACGGCGUGCUGGUAGAUGAAAAAUUGUAUCCUGCCCUAAAUGAUGAAAGCAAUCUGGUAUUAUGGAACAAGAAACAUCGUUGCAUGCUGCCCAGAGACUGUCCAGUUAGAACGACAGAAAAUGACAGACGCAUGAAAAAGAAGUUAGAUAAACUGAUGAAAGACAUCAUCCCCAAGAAAACAAUGGUCCCAGAUGAUUCACCUAUUAUUAUUGAUGAAGACAGUGGAACUUUGUAUAGCCCGUCAUUUAAAAGAGCUGAAUACAUGGCAGAGCGCUUGAAACGCAUGAAAGAGCAGCAUGAAAAUAUUUCACCCACAGCCUCACAAAUGUCUUCAUCAUCACAAGUGGAGCCCCCACUGGGGAACUCACCGACUGUCUCCAGAUUUUUUUGUGAAAAUUCUGAUGAGGACUCUAGUGCAUCUGUUGCGGAGCUUGGUUACUCCCCUAACAAGAGUCAAGUAUGUAACACUAUGGAGCAAAACAAGCUUGACAAACCCUUCAGCAAGGACCUGGAAAAGCCUUGGCUCUCACCCUGCCGUGACAUUUUAGAACGCCCGUCCAUUAGUCCUUUGAAAAUGGUUGAAUUAACAUUGGAUGAGGAAGAAGGGAAGACAGCAGGAAUGCAAAGGACAGCCUCAGUAACAGAAUCACCAAUACAGAAAUCUAAAUCUGAGGAAGGGGAGACACCAGAAAAGCAAAGGACAGCCUCAGUAACACAACCACCAAUAGAGAAGCCUAAAUUAGCAGGAGUAGUCUCUUGCAAUAGAAAGCGAAGGUCCCAGAUGCCUUCCUGCAGUUCUCUUGAUAAAAUGAAGGAACCGACAAUUGACAGGUCUGAUGAGGGAAGGUCAAAUAUUCAUUGGGCAGAAGUUAAGAACAAGAAGAUUCCUCAUGUGGUGGACUCCGUUGGCCACAUACGGGGUGACACGCUAUUUAACGACCAAUCAAAACUAUCAAGCAAGCCAACACAAGGCAGACGUUCUCUUUCUGCACUUGCACACUCUUUUAGUUCAUCCAGCAAAUCUCACGAUCUUGCCUUGAAUUCCCCUGAUGGAGAGGAUGAUGUGUUUGAUGACUUCUUCUCUUCAGCCACUCACCACAAAAAGUUCUUUUUGCCCGUUUUGCCUGACCUGACAGAUAUUAACAUCUACUCUGAGUUGAACUAUGUUCCAAAGAAAGGAAAACAAAGGAGUUGGAAAAGUGCUGCUACAGAAACGAAGAGCUCAAAGAAGAGGAAAGUAGCGAGCAUUGAACACCGUUGCAGGCCGCAGUCUGUUGUCAAUGUCUGUCCACAAAAUAAUGUCAAAGAGAAUCUGCCUGCUUUCGAUCAUUCAAGUGGGACCCAAACACUGGCUUCCAAACGCGUAAGGCAAAGCACUUUACCAUUUGUAGGCAUCAGUGAAGACGCAUCAAGGCUUCCCAGAAAAUCUCUCUCGCUUCAUCCAACAAAGCCAACAGAGACGAUGUCAACCUUGGAGCUGGAAAAGAACUCUCAUCUUUGUCAUUUGUCUGACGGUUUUCAAAGAGGAGGAAGCGAAAGUACUGCUCCAGCUGCUUCAACAGAUGAAAACCAGGAGAAGCCCAAUAAGCACGCCUGCUCUUUUUUUCAGAACAUCAGCAAAGCAAAGGCGGCAAGAACCCUGGUAAUGACGAGCAUGCCCACUGAGAAACAAAACAUAGUCGCUCAGGUUGUGGAGACAUUGGGUGGAUUUUCUAUCGCUGAUCGAGUUUGCCAAAGUACAACUCAUGUGAUUUCGGGGGAACACCGCCGAACUUUGAAUGUUUUGCUGGGCAUUGCUCGUGGCUGCUGGAUCCUCUCAUUUGAAUGGAUUCUGACAUGCUUGGAGCAAAGGCAAUGGAUUCCAGAGGAACCGUAUGAACUUUCUGAGCUGUAUCCGGCAGCACAGAUCUGCCGUCUUCAGAGGCGUCUAUCUUCCGGGGACCAUCACCAGCAGGACCUGUUCCAGGACCAACCGCCCAUGUUUGUGUCUCAGCAUUCCCAGCCGCCUGCUCCUAGUAUGGUAGAGCUGAUCCAGCUGUGCGGGGGGACAAUCUGCAAAACUGUACGUCAGGCCGGAAUUUGCAUAGGGAGGUACAACGGCAGGAGACCCGUGGGAUGUAGGAUCCUGUCUGAGCAGUGGGUGCUUGACAGCAUCACUCAUUUGAAGCAGCUUUCAUAUGAUAAUUAUGACUUGGCUUGAAAACUGCUCAUUAUGUUGCUGAAGAUGCUGUAUUUUCUCAAGUAGAUGGCUGCUUAGUUCCAAGUGCAUCAUCCUUUAUGGACAGAUCACCUAGCUAAACUUUUUCACCAUUAUGAAAACAAAGGUAGUAAGUGGAUUUUAUUGUAGUUUCUUUAUGCUAGACACUGACUUUAAUUAACUGCCGAGUCUAUUUAAAUGCCUUACUUGGAUUGGGUGAACUUGAUAACUUCAUUGUUGCCGAAAAAAAUGUCAAGACAUUUUCCUAAUCAAAACAGCUGCGCUUACUGAUGCAUAUGUAAAUGGUCUUUGAAAGAAAUCGAAGUGUGUUGUCGCAUCUUGCAAAUGACUUUCCUGGACAGUUUUACAGAAGUUUUUUUAUUAUUAUGCCGAGAAGGUCUUCAGUAUAUUAUUAAUUAGGGUUGCCGACUCGCCGUAGGCUCUGGUGUGAUGGUUUUAUAUCGAUCUGUACAUCCGUUUUUGUUCCAGGGAACGACAAAACUUAUUUGUUCGACACAAUCUGCUUCAGCUCUUGUAGCAGGUAAUACGACUGUCUUAAUAAAUUUGAGUUGUAUAUGUAUAUGGCAACGUACAAAUAGACAUGGUACCACUUCACUUAUUUUAAUGUCAAUAUUUUUUAUCACCUUUUCCCACAUCAGUUAUUUUAAUCAUUUAAGCCACAAGCCCAUAUUGUUGUACAGUCAUUUAAGAUGGAAUUUAUUUUUUUGUUCAAUUUCAUAACCUGUGAAUGAGCCAGGGUCUCUGAUUUAACUUCAAAUACCUUCUGAGUUCUUUGUCACUGUUCAUAUUAGUUCACAUUGUUUUCUUAUCUCCUGUCACAGGGGGAAAUGAAACAACUUAAUCAAAAUGUCUGUUUUUUUGUGAUUUUAAAAGAAGUCUGAAAGUAGUGCAAUCUCUGAAUGACUAAUUAUGCCACAAAUGAAAUAUACCAGCCUGUCAGUUUGAAAAAUGAGCUUGGUGUAAAUUGAGCAAAUUAUUUUUGUUUCACUCCCCGCUAUCUAAUUGAUAGACAACACUCACCUGUAAAAUAGUUUCCUUGUUUGAUUUUAUCGCACAGAUCAGCUUUUCUUUUCUUUUGUAAAUUAUCAAAUUGAAUGAAUGAAGACAAAAUACAAUAGUGCAGUAUUGAAUAACAUCACCGUUAUAUUUGGCAUUGUGGAGACUGAUGUCAUUCCUUGUAAUAAAGAGUUUUUAAAUUA